AUGGAUCGUGACAGAAGAUACGACGAAAGCCGCCGAUUCGGCGACUCCUACCGUCCCUUCCCGCGCGACGACAACCUCUACCCCCGCUCCCCAACCCCAAGAGCUCGCUCUCCGCCACCCCGACCAGCAGCAGACACCUGGGCACCCUCCGACCGCACCAGUGGGAGACCACGCAGCCGCUCCCCGCCAAGCUUCCGACGCCGCUCACGAAGCCCCCCGCCCUUUCGAGGACGAGAUAGAGAUAGAGAUCGAGACAGAGACAGAGACAGAGAUGCAGCGUCCAGUUAUAACCCCAGAGCAAGAAGGUUGUCUCCAGUUCGCGAUAAUAUGCGCCGCAUCUCCCCGCAGAGAUUACAGAGGCGCUCGCGCUCACCACCUCCGUCGCAGAGAUAUACACGGGAAAGAGAAAGAGAAAGAGAAAGAGAAAGAGAAAGAGAAAGGGAGCGGAGUCCGCCCGUUUUAAAACGGAUGAGAGACCCCUCGCCGCUGAACAGUUACCACCCCCGCUCUCCGAAGCGGGAGCGCCUUUCCUCCCCCUUGCCUGCGACGAGAAGCAGGUAUGAACGUCCUCGCUCCCCAGAAUACCCCCGCUCCGCCCCACGCGCUCGUUCGCGCAGCAUAGAUCGAGAUCGAAAUCGAGACAGAGACAUAGACAGAGACAGAUGGGAGCAACGCCACGAGCCUCUCUCCACUGCUGGUGAGCGGUCAUGGCGCCGCAGGUCUCCGUCACCCCGUACGCCGACGGGACAUAACAACUUGGGCCCCGUGUCGGUGACUACGUCGAGACGGUCGUCGCCGCCGUUACAUGUGGGGGUGGGGAAUAUGUCGUCGCGUGCGGGUACUGUGACUAUGGCGCCGUCUCCGGCUAAUUUACCAGCUAGGGUACAGAUGCAGUCACAAAAUGAUGCUAGUUCUGCUGCACCCGCUUCUACAGGUGCUAUGGCACCCUCUCCUUCCCAGGCAAUUAGAUCUCCGCCAUCACGGGCUACUGAACCACCGCGCGCGCCAUCGUCUAGCAGACCAGCUUCACCGCCGAGGGGGCCUAGUAGAGGUGGCCCAUCACCUCGAUUACCUGAUAAACUACCCAGACCGAGUCCUGGAAAUGGAAACGGAAACGGCAACAGCAAUGGGAACAGGAAUGGGAACGAAAGGGGUGAAGCCGCAUGGCAAAAUUCAAAUUUGCAACAACAGCAACAACAGCAGUGGCCAUCUCCGCCAUCACCCGCGCCGCAGAAUGGUACACAGCAGCCACUUCGAAUCCCCAGCGCACCUCAACCCCUCACCAAGCCACAAUCCACUACGCCACCGUUGGCACCUUCAACAGCCCCAGCCCCUGCACCUACACCUACACCUACACCUGCGUCUGCUCCUGCGCCAACACCACCAACAGGCCCUCAAGGCCGCGUGACGAAUCUCGCGCUUCUUUCCGCGCCCACGCGACCAAGGGGUAGUGUCGGGGGUGGUCCGUCGCCGGCUAGUUCAGCCAGGGACAGAGACAGGGACCGGGACAGGGAAAAGGACAGGGACGGGCCCAUAUCCAGGUCUGGCUCCGGAUCUGGAUCCGGGACAUCGAGACACACAUCCCCGCCCAUGGCAGCCCACUACAAAGCACCACCCACGGGCCCACGGGCAAGUUCGUCAAGCUAUGACUCCCACCGGCCCCCGUUUCGGCAUAGCAGUAGCUCUCACUCGCACUCUCAUACCUUCACACCACACCCGCAUACCUACCCGCACUCCCACUCCCACUCCCAAUCCCACACCCACCCUCGUACCCCACACCAACCCCGCACAACAAACCACCUCUCCUCCCUCCCCCCGCUGAUCCCGGGCGGCAAACUGCUUCCCCUGCCGCCGGCGCUGGAUCCGAGUCGGGAAAAGAGGCUGGUGCAGUUGGAGAUGGAUCGGGAGAGGUUGCUGGAGCAGAUUGAGGAGAAGCAGAGGGUUAAGAGGGCUGGGUUGAGAGAGUGGGAGAGGCUUAGGAGGGAAAGUGAGAAUGGGGCGUUGAGGAGUGAGCUUGCUGAGGGGCAUUUGGGGAGGAUGGUUGGGGGGGAGGGGGGAGGGGGAAGGGCGUUUUAG